CGUCCCCAAAGAUAGAACGAGAACAAGUUUCAUCUACUUCCUUCAAAUUUUCAGAUUCUUCUCGAUCGAUUGUCCGGGAAAAUAGCAGUUUUCUCGGUGAAUUUUGUUAUCAUGAACUGCGUCUAUACGUUCAAGUUCGUACCAUCCGGUAUUUUACUACCAAGUGCACAAUCAAACCUUCACAUUUCGAGCUCGAAUGCCUCGAUUACGCAGAGAUGGCGUAGUUUCGCUUCUUUCUCUUCUUCUUCUUCUUCUUCCCCAAUUCGAAGGAAGACCCUAACCCUAGUAUCUGCGAAAUCUUCGGAAGCGGAGGAGGUAUCGGAUACGGAGGACGAGUGGCUGAAGAAGCUACCGGAGAAGAACAAGCCACUGUAUUCGCAUAGCUUGCCGUGCAUCGAGGCGUGGCUGAGGAAGUUAGGGUUUUACCAGAGCAAAGACGAUAGAGCUGUUUGGUUGAUUCAGAAACCUGAUUGGCACGCUCAGUUAUCUCUUGACGUCACAGAUCUCUGCAUAAGGUACUUGAAAAGCGGGCCGGGGAAUCUAGAGAGAGACAUGGAAAGAAGGUUUAGCUAUGCAUUGAGCAGAGAAGAUACUGAGAACGCCAUACUCGGAGGACCUUGACGAAUAAAGAGUUUGUUGAACAUCUUUCUUCUUAAAACUUAUACUUAUGUUACUCCAUUAGUUUUCCAUUGUAUGAUGAUGAAUUUGCUUCUUUGAUAAAUAAAAGAAAUAAAAUUAAAACUUUUUUUUAUUCA